AUGGCACCUUGCAGGAGGGCGGAGGCGCAGAAAGAGGGCGCGUCCGCCAACGCAUCCUUGCUCUUUCCGGGACUGGCCCUGGGCCUCUUGGGAUCCCUGGGACUCCUGCAACAGCUGCGCCUGCUGAUCGCCAGUCUACCGUCCGAGCUCCUUUGUAGUGCAGCCCUGCUGGCUGCAGGCCUGGUGUUGCUCCUGGCAGACCAGCUCCAAAACCUGCUCUUGCGGCAGCGGCUGCACUUGGUGCCCGGGCGAGUGCUCCGGGAGCUCACGCAGCGCUACCUCCGCGCCGCCCCGCGACUGCUGGGCCUCCUCGCGCUGGGCGGCGAAGGCGAAGGCGGCGGCGCUGAGCCUGAAAGGCUCGGUCGCAGCCUCGAGCUCGAGCUCGAGGCGCCUUCGAAGGCGACUCCCGCGGAGGUGCGGCAACUUCUGGUGGGACUCUCACCCGAACUGGCGGCCUUGCUGACAGCAGAGGACUUACAUGAGGCGGUGUGCGCCAUCCUGGAGCCCAUGAACCAGGAAACAAAGAGGGCACUGGCUUGGCUCCGACGACCAGAGCUGCGGCUCGGUCUGGUUUCUCAGCUACGCCUAUACGGGCUAGCGCAACAGGCGAUGCAUGGGAAUCAGAAUGCGACGGCGGAGACGGAAGGGACAGCUGGCCGAGCCUGCAGAGCCUGCAGAGUGCAGACUCUGAAGGGCCAGAGCUGGCAGGCCUGCCACGGUCUCCGCCAGGCCGAGGCUGCGAAGCAGCUGGUGCAAGAGCUGGCAGCUCGGGACCCCUGCUUUGGAGGAGCCGGAGACUUUGACCUUUGGCACUUGGUGCGUGGUCUGCUGAGAGCAAAGCUGCCGAAAACGUCCGCUGCUUCGUCUAAAAUGCCCUUGGCCUUGCUAGCUGCCACAAUGGCCGCUGUGUUGCUGGCAUCGCGCGGGAGGCAUCAACGGUUCGAGCGGCGUCGCUGGAUGGCUGGGAUUGUUGCAACAUUGGCAUCGGCCGCCGGUGUUGCGGCGAUGUUCCUCCAUGGCGUCCCAGCCAGCGUCUAUGCAGCUCUGCCGGCCCUCCUGCCUCACAUUUCGGCACUCGACAGAGCUUGCAUUGAACUUCACAGGCUUGCCAGUCGCAAGAGGGUACAAGAUCAGGUGGCCUGGGUGGACCUGGCCUUCCCAAGGAGGCUCCAUGGGAAGGAGGACUUCGUGAACGAGGUUGCUGCGGCGAACUACUCGGGCAACAAAGGGGUCCACGUCUGGCCCCCGCGCUCUAGCAGUGGUGAUAGCGAUGUGGAGUCGGAGACCGAGGAGCCAAAGCAAAUCCAGCGUCCCCGGCGAGGCGCCGUCUUUGCAGAGCAGAUGCAGAGCACAGGCUACUACAAGGAGCCUUACUGGAACAAGCACGUGGCCUGGGAGAACCAACUUUUUGUGGCCCUGUCGGCCUGUCCAAUCUUCCAGCAGUUCACGGAUGUGGAGAUCACCAAGUUCGUCCGCGCGAUGGAGAUCCACCUGCGCUACGCCGGCGAGCCGCUGUGCCAAGAGGGCGAAGCAGGUGAUGGCCUCUUCGUGGUGCUGAUGGGCACGAUUUCUUGCUACAAGGGCAGCCAGCUGUGCACCAUCAAGCCCCCGGGCUCCCUCAUCGACGAGGCUUCUGUGUUGUAUAGCUACCCAAGGCCCUACUUCAUGAAGGCCCAGGGCGAGUGUGUGAUGGCCAAGCUUUGCCGCAAAGAUUAUGUGGACCUUGGCACGCGCUUCCAGUUCUACGCUCGGGAGAAGUACAAGAGCCUCCUGAUGGAAACGAAAGUGCUCGAGACGAUGCCGCCGGAGGGCAUCGCUCGCAUCGCCGACACUUUGCAGAAGCGGACCUACCAGCCCAAGGAGGACAUCAUCCGGCAGCACGAGGAGGGCAAGGAGUUCUUCAUCAUGCUCUCGGGCGUUGCACGAGUAUGGGUCCGAACAGGCAACGAUGAGCAGGAGUACAAGCGCUACAAGGCCGGAGAUCUCUUCGGCGAGCUCGCGCUGCUGAAGAACGCGCCCCGGGCGGCCUUCGUGUCUGCGGUCACCAGCGUCGAGGUGCUGGCCCUCACCCGGAAGCAGUUCGAAAGGCUCUUCGGGCCUAUGACGGACCUGCAACAACAGCAGUACCUCACGGAUCCAAGGAAGCUCAUCGCAGACUUCUACAUGACCGGGGAUGCUCGGGGACCCCGCGGCAGUCUGAAGCUGCAUCAGCUAAUGCCAGAUGCCAAGGCUCACGGCGAGAGCACCUGGUUUGCCGUGUACCGGCCUACCAGCAAGGACGCCAUUGCCAAGAUGCUGUCUGGGGUGGCGGUGGGCAAGGGCUUGAACGUGAAGGGGAAAUCCGCGAAGAAGGGGGUGCUCUCCGGCUUCGUGCCCUUCAUCCAGAUCUCGGACAACGACCACCGAUCCAUCAUCGAGCAGUCUCCACGCGAGUCGCGGGUCACCGUCUACUACAAGACCAAGGCCUCGCGGCAGGAGGCGCAGAAGCUCCUCCAGGCGGCCUUGGAGGACACCAGCUUGGACAUCGAGGACCGGUCCAUUCGCCUCGUGGACGACUUCCAGCCCGAGAGUUGGGGCCUGGAUCUGCCAGAGCCGCUCAUCCGCGAAAUGUACAUCGUCCGAUCGGACCUGACACCGGUCAUGGGUUGGGAGACAGGGCGGCGAUCGGAGCCGGCUUUCAUGGACAUGAACCUCCACGCCAUCCGCGGGAAAUCCGAGCCCCAGGUGGUCCUGUACCAGUACGACGAGAGCGACCCGAUGAAUCCCCGUGGUUUGCUCAUCGCGUAUGCGGAGGCCCACGUGAAGCCCGUGGUGUCCGACUUCGACACCUUCACGGUGGGCAGUCGAGGCAUGCGCUACAGCCAGCUUCCCGCGGAUCAGGCGAAGCUCAUCGUGUGGCUUCUGCAACGGACGCAAGAAAUCCUGGGGUCACUGGACCACAACCCCUGGACUUCCCGGUGGUUGGAGGUUUUGAAGAAGGAGAACGAGAAGGAGGAUGGGGUCCACCCAGAGCUGCCCAAGUUCGGCUUCGGGGAUCCCACCUCGUACCAGCUCAUUGCUGACGUGGUAGCAGAGACUGCUCCUUGUGGUGCGGUCCGCCACGGUGCCGAGUGCUGCAACUUCUACUUCCCCCAGGAGCUGGACGACGAGUUCCUGGUGGUCUGGCACGGCUUCAACGAGAUGCACGGCAAGCCUUGGGAUUACAAGGAUGAGGCCAGCCUCCGGGCCUUCCUGCUGGAGCGCAUCCAAGAGGGCUACUCCUUUCCCUUGAAUCCGGUGUGGCCCGUGCGGGACAAGGGCUGGUUCGAGGUCUUCCAGGCUCUGAACGCCUCGGAGCACGGGGCCGCGGACCUUCAGUCCUGGUUCCCACAGGAGCUGGACUAUACGAACACCAUCGAGCGGCUGCACGCCAAGUUUCCAGAAGGUUUUCGCCUUGUCCAGAAGUGCCGGCCACCCAGCAAGCCGGCCUUGCCAUUGCCACUUCUGCGAUAA